AUGGAUCCCUGCAGUUUUGAGCUUAUUUCGGGUACUCCUCUCUCCGCCGUCUUCUCAGGCUGCGUCGAUCAGUCGGCGACGACUGAGUUUGACGACGCCUACCUCCGGGCCGUCGGCGCACUUCCUUCACUUGCACCUGUCCGCUUCGCUUCUUCCUCCCCCAUCCAUCACGCCACGGCACUACACGACUCCAUCGAGCUCCCGGCGACGUGCGAGGUGUCCGACUACGAUGCUGACAUCGACUUCAACCUCCGGGAGAUGGAGAAGGACGCCAAGCAGUGGCCCUCGCCGGAGUAUCUGAAGACGGUGCAGGGAGGUCGGAUGACCAAGUCCAGGCGCGCGGAGCUCGUGUCCUGGAUGGACGACUUCACCCGCUACUUCGACCUUGCCCCCGGCACGCUGCACCGCGCCGUCUCCUACGUCGACCGCGUCCUCUCGCAGCGAACCCUGCCGGAGACUGACACGGAGCACCAGCUCCAGCUCCUGGGCGCCACGGCCGUCUACACCGCCGCCAAAUACGAGGAGCAGUGCUCAACACACAAGCUGAACGCCACGGCCGUCGCCGGGAUCUGCGGGCUCGACACGACCAGCAAGGAGGUGAUCGCCAUGGAGCUCGUCAUGGUGGAGGCGCUGGAAUACGACCUCAGCGGACCCACGGCCUACACCUUCGUCGAGCACUUCAUGAGGUACGCCGGCAGAGGAGAGCAGGAUUCGGAGGUUCGGCGGCUGGCGCAUCACCUCGCCAACAGAUCGCUCUACGACUACAGCCUGCUGCAGCUCCUGCCAUCCGUGGUGGCGGCGUCGGCGGUCUUCCUCGCCCGGCUAAUCCUGAACCCGAACGCCAUCGACGUGCGGCAGUGGAACGAAGACUUCGAGGAGCUCACGGGGUACAAGCCCACGGACAUCAUCCUUGGCAUCGAGUCCUUGUACAUGAAGAAUCACGAUUCUCGCUUCGACGUGGUGCCAGACUUCUUGGAAGGCCAAUUGAUGGAUUUUAGGUUUUUUUUCGAAAUGGGGCAGUGCCCUGAUGGAUUUUAGGAGAAAGAUUUAGGGUUAAGGGAUGGAGAAGCACUCUUGAAUCUUGAGUUGUAAACCAGGUUAAAAUGU